ACAACUUUUAAUUCUGUUUCGUCGAAGGCGUAAAGCUGGAAGGAAAAUAUUUUCGUCUGCCAUUCUCUUUCCUUCUGCUCUACCAAACACUGAGAGAGAGCAAAAGUGGUCGGCUUUUCCGCCCGGAACUGUUUCGUUAAACCACUGACUCUUCUUCUCCGAUGAAAUUAUCGCCGGAAUCGUCAUUUUCUCAUCGCCGAUCGCCACCGGAGAACCUCUCAGACAAUUAUUUCCACUGGAUUGUUUUGGCGUAAAACCCUUAAUCUACAGGAUAAUUUUCUACAGUGUUAGCUGCGGGUUGUCGGGCUCUCGGGAAAUUUUCACUCUGCGUUCUGCUAGGAUUUAAUAUGCAGAAGAGUGGGAAUCUUCCCAGGAACAAUUCUUUGAGGCUCGCAGCGUCUCCGCAGUCCCUUCGUCGGCUUGGUUUUUGCUCUCAGAUAACGACUGGACAGCAUUCGUCUCCGAUCGUCUUCCCGGAGAAGCGUAACAAAGGGAGGAACUUGGCUCGGCCGGACAGAGACAUUGGAGGUGCUAGCGAUUUCAAUGAUCCUAAGAAGGAUAAGAGGGAGGAGCACAAGAUUGAUAUUGGAGACGAGCAGUCUGACCUUCUAGGAUAUGAAGUUUUUACCGGGAAAUUGGCCUUGGACAAGAAAAAGGCUAGUAAAAAUGAUGAUAAGGAAUCCUCAAAGGAAAUUGCAAGCCAGGAUGCUGUUGAUGCUAAGCUUACAAGUAAAGCCAUGGUUUGGGGUUCUCAAAUGCUGUCUUUAGAAGAUGUUGUUUCGGUGUCAUACUGCCCUAACCUUCGACAUUUCACUGUUCAUUCAUAUCCCCCUAGAAAGGCUUCUUGUGGUCUUUCUUGUUUAUUAAAAACUCGAAGAAGUCGCAAAGAUUUUCGCUUUGUAGCCUCCUCUCCUGAUGAAGCACUUCAAUGGGUUAGUGCAUUUGCAGAACAGCAAUGUUUUGUGAAUUUGUUGCCACAUCCCCUGGGUUCUUUGAAGAAGCAGGCAACUGAGAUGGUUAUUAAUGAAUUUCCUCCUGAAUCGUAUAUAAGAUGUAAAACUCCUCCUAAGGUGCUUGUGAUUUUAAACCCACGAUCUGGACGAGGUCGUUCAAGUAAAGUGUUUCAUGUCAUGGCUGAACCUAUAUUCAAGCUUGCUGGAUUUAACAUGGAAGUAGUGAAAACAACAUCUGCUGGCCAUGCUAGAAAACUUGCUUCCACUGUUGACUUCAGUACUUGCCCAGAUGGUAUUAUAUGUGUUGGAGGUGAUGGAAUAGUGAAUGAGGUAUUAAAUGGUUUACUUUGUAGGACUGACCAGAAAGAAGCAAUAUCAAUUCCAAUUGGAAUCAUACCUGCUGGUUCAGAUAAUUCUUUGGUUUGGACUGUUCUUGGUGUUAGGGACCCCAUUUCUGCUGCAAUAGCCAUAGUCAAGGGAGGUCUUACCGCAACAGAUGUUUUUGCUGUUGAGUGGGUUCAAAGUGGUGCAAUUCACUUUGGGAUGACAGUUUCUUAUUUUGGCUUUGUUAGUGAUGUUUUGGAACUGUCUGACCGGUACCAGAAGCGAUUUGGUCCUUUGCGAUACUUCAUUGCUGGUUUCUUCAAAUUCUUGUGUUUGCCAAAGUACAACUAUGAAGUGGAAUAUCUUCCCGCGUCAAAAGAAGCAACUGAAGACGGGAAAGCUUUGGCUGACAGGGAAGUUAUUGAUAUGUCAGAGCUGUACACUGACAUCAUGACGAGAUCAAGCAAGGAAGGCCUUCCCAGAGCCUCUAGCUUAUCAAGCAUUGAUUCAAUAAUGACUCCAAGUAGAAUGUCUGGAGCAGACUUGGAUACUACCUGCAGUAGCACCGAGCCAUCUGAGUAUGUACGUGCCAUAGAUCCAAAAUCUAAACGGUUAUCUGCUGGAAGAAGCCACCAAUCAACUACUGAACCAGAAGUUAUCCAUCCGCAACUUCCUCUUUCUGCAACUACAAACUAUCCCAGGACUAGGUCAAAGUCUAGGACUGAUAAAGGAUGGAUGGGAUUGCCUGCUACAAAUGAUCCCACUAGAUGUUCUUGGGGAAAUAUUGCAACACAUGAUAAAGAGGAUAUUUCAUCCACAAUAUCAGAUCCUGGUCCAAUUUGGGAUUCAGAACCAAGAUGGGACUCUGAACCUAAUCAUUGGGAUGUCGAAAACCCUAUUGAAUUGCCAGGGCCAGUGGAAGACACUGAAGAUGUUGCUCAGAAGGAGAUGUUCAUAAAGCCUGAGGAGAAAUGGGUCACUACAAAAGGUCAAUUUCUUGGUGUUCUUGUAUGCAACCAUUCAUGUAGAACGGUUCAAAGUGUGGUGAGUUCACAGGUUGUGGCCCCCAAAGCUGAGCAUGAUGAUAGCACAUUAGAUUUAUUGAUGGUUCACGGGAGUGGGAGGCUAAAGCUUUUGAGAUUUUUCUUGCUUAUGCAAAUGGGUCGACACCUUUCACUGCCAUAUGUUGAAUAUGUUAAGGUAAAAUCAGUUAAGCUUAAGCCCGGAAAGCACACACACAAUGGCUGUGGUAUUGAUGGCGAACUUUUUAGCGUUAAUGGACCAGUCAUCUCAUCCAUACUUCCUGACCAGUGCCGGCUUAUUGGUCGCUCGACCAAUAGUAAUAAAUGAUGGACACAUGUCAUCAUCCCUUUACACUGGAUUCUUAGCUAUGUUAAUACUCUGGUUCACCUCUCAUAACAGAUCUCAGAGCGCACUUUGUAAUGGCAAAAACUUUUGGUUUUUUGGUUUGCAAGCUGAAGCCCCUGUAAAUUUUGCUA